UAAAGGUACCAAAUUCCCAGGCACUUGGUUCUUUUUCCCCACAAUGGACUCAACUUUUCCUGCUCCGGGGAAGUUGUGCCCCUGCGUUGUCACUCUUACCUACCAGAGCUGUUCCUCCCCCUACCCUGCUCGUGCGGCUCUUCCGCUCGUAUCUUCAGCUCCGUGCUUCUGCAUAUAUCUGGCUCGCGUUGAUCAGUAGCGCACUGCUUCAUGUCCCCAAUGUCAUGCAGAAAUUCUUACGGACCGUUUCUUAUGACUCAGGGUCCACGCCGAUCAUGAAAGACCCACGCGACGAAGAGUAUGAGCCAAUCUUCGACUCGUCGGAAACUGUCGCAGAGGCCAGGGAGGGAAGGGCACAUGGAGUCGCAGAGAUCGAGGCUUUGGCAACAGUGUGGUCGACCCAGGCUCUCCAUGUCGGAUAUGCUUUAGUAUUUGUCAUAUUUUUCAUCAACUCUUUCCAACAGGAAACGACUGGUAGUCUCUCACCGUACGUGUACUCGACGUUCGCCAAUCAUUCUUUGGUGUCAAGGACGAAUGUCUUGACCAAUGUUGUCGGCGGGGUGGCUAAACUGCCCUGUGCCAUGUUGAUCGACGUCUGGGGCCGUCCGAAGGGGUUUGGGAUUAUGACUGGCCUAUGCACCUUAGGGCUCUUCCUGAUGGCUAUCUGUGCAAACGUGGAAACCUACGUCACCGCUCAGGUUAUAUACUGGGUUGGAUACAACGGAAUGGACUACGUCCUCCAUAUCUUUCUCUCCGAUACCACGGACUUGGUCAACCGAUCGUUCGUGUAUGGCAUGGCAUCAACUCCGUAUGUUGUCACUACGUUUGCCGGCCCUGCAGCGGCGCAAUCGCUUUAUGAAAAAGGGGGUUUGUGGUGGGGCUUUGGAAUAUUCGUCUUCCUCACUCCACUUGUAACGGCGCCUUUCAUGUGGUUACUCUGGACUUCACUUCGCAAGGCGUACGCAGCGGGGCUGAUCCGGAAAAACCAUAGUCGCAGAACGUGGGCACGAUCCGUCAAGCAUUAUUUCAUUGAGUUCGAUACUAUUGGACUCUCGUUAGUAACAGUGGCAUUUGUUUUGAUGCUCCUUCCAUUGACGCCAGCCUCACAGGCCCGCAAUGGUAAUAUGUCCUUGUUUGAUAGAUGGAGAUCGCUGGAUACUACAGCGUCGGUUUUUCUUGGCGUGCUUGUCUUUAUGGCGUUUGUGCUCUGGGAGCGCUUUUGCGCCCCAGUCUGUUUCCUACCAUUCAGUAGGCUCAAGGAUCGAACGUUGUUAGGAGCUUGCUUUCUUGCUGCGUCCCUUUUUGCCAGCUUUUAUUGCUGGGACCUUUACCUUGCUUCCUACCUCCAGGUUACCUUCAACACCAGCAUCCGGGAGACGGGCUACAUUUACAACAUCUAUACCAUUGGGACAUGCCUUUGGUCGGUGCCACUGGGACUGAUCAUCCGCAAGGUCGAUCGCCUUAAAUGGAUCGCUCUAGCCGCCAUGCCGUUGAUCUUUCUCGGGACAGGACUGAUGAUCCAUUUCCGAUCACCUCAAAGUCACAUCGAAUACGUCGUCCUUUGUGAAGUCUUCAAGGCCCUGGGCGGGGGCACCCUGGUAAUCUGCCAGCAGAUGGCAGCGAUGGCCACAGGUGGCCAUGAGAGUGUCGCUGUCUCCUUCGCGUUGGUCGGGUUGUUCACCAAACUGGGAGGAGGCAUCGGCUCUGCGAUCUCCGGUGCCAUCUGGACAAGCACUGUUCCCGUCUAUUUGGAGAGAUACCUGCCUCCAGAGAAGAAACACAAGGCGGCGGAACUCUACGGGUCGAUUGAGGACGUCCUAUCGUACCCGAUCGGGACCCCAGAACGGGAUGCUACCAUCCUGGCGUACGGAGUAGCCCAACGACGGAUGUUGAUUGCUGGUCUUUCCAUCCUACCGCUCGCUGUUGCUUCUAUUCUGAUGUGGAGGGACAUUCGCUUAAAGAAACUCAAUCAGGUCAGGGGCACCGUCUUCUGAACCUAUAUGAGACGGCUCGGUGGGCACUGUGAAUAGACGUAUACUGGACAGACUUUGUACAUAGAACCUUGUCAAUUACCAAUGAAGUACAUGAUCCCAA